GAGGCUCGUCUGUGGAACCCACGAUGGGUCUGACGGCAUCCUCGUACAGCGGCUAUGUAACCCACAUGGCCGCUCGUAACCCAAGUCUGGAGGCCCUGUCUAAUUUUCUCCUUCGCCCCUCCCCAGCUUUCUUUCGUAGCACAGUCAGUUACAUCAAGAUCAUCCCAGAAAGAGUUCUGGCAGACGCAGGUCCCUUCCACCAGAUCACGUGUACUGAGCUUGUUCAGAAAGUAUCGGAACUUGAGGCGACCAGUGGUCUCGUCGCGAUUAUCGAGAACCUCCGACCCGAGGAUGUGGAGACCCUGGGGUCGGCCUGGGACAUCGAUCCCUUUUUCUUUUGUGGUCACAUCGCGUCCUCCUAUCAGGUUGUCGAAGACGGGCCCCCUCCGCCUUUGAUGGCCUUGCCGCCAUCUCGGAUCGCAUCGCAGGAAUAUUUCAAUCUCCACUAUCAGAAAGUUCUGGACCUGGGUGCUGAGUCUAUUCUGACCCACUUGCCGUACAAGCUUGGUCUCCCUGCGAAUAUACCCCGAAUUGUGCGACGUCUCCCCGGUCUGUCGGGAAGGGCGAUCGGCCUCGUGCGCAGUUGCUGCUCGGUUUUGAAGAAACGAAUGCCAGGCGGCAUAUGGAUAUGCUUGAUCCUCGUGGACCCCACAACAGCCGAUCUUGUCGCACGAAAACCUGGGAAUGACGCCCCGUUCGAGGACCUUAGGGUUAGGAUCCCCCAAGCCCCACGUCGGAUCAAUGUCGAAGAUUUCUGCGACCUGCCCACUUAUUCCACGUUUCGCUCCUCUGGGAGCGCAAAGGCAGACACGCGAGACCCAAACAUGCGAGAGGAUCUGCUGCGGCUCCUCCAGGUCCCGCCUCCGGACUGGGACGCAGACGAUCCUGACAUCCUGUCGCUGGUCUACUACCCGAUCAAGAUCGUGCUGGCGGAGUGGAUGCUGUACGGCCUGGUGAUGGGCCGGUACGUCAAGUUCUACGAGUACUCACUCCAGGCGGCGCGUCCCUGGGCAAGCCAUUUUGAGCAGGCCGACGUGCUAGAACUCCACCGGUGGCGGCGCCGGAGUCAGCAGAGCCUGCACAAGAUCCGAAUGAUGCGGCGGUUUGUGGAACACUGGGGGGAGCGACACCCGCCUGCACCGCCGGGAACCUGGCAGCAUCUGCUGGUGGGUGAUCUCCAACACCUAGAGCAGCAGAUCGAGCUGCAUGCUCGCGCUCUCGAGAUCCUUAACCCCAUCAACACUGCGUUGGUGCAGCUUCUCGACUCCCGCAAGUCCAUCUCCCAGGCCGAGGACGUCAAGCGCCUUAGCCUCGUCGCCCUGGUCUUUAUCCCGCUUUCCUACGUUACGGGCAUAUUCAGCAUGGCCGACCGGUAUGCUCCGGGGAGUGAACGCUUUUGGGUAUACUGGGCGACCGCGGUGCCCAUCGCCGUGGUCGUGCUAUGCUUCACGUUUUUGACGGGGCGCAUCCCGGAGCUUGUCCGGUGGGUUCACGGUUGGCGUGAAUGUGCGUUCAAGGCUCGAUGAAAUGAUUAGAGCGAAUCUAUUUACCUCUACUGUUGUGGAUUUUGACAUGCCUUACAGUGCGGUGUUUCUGGGAUUCAUUUAUUGAACCAUACACAACUACGAGUUCAUUCAUCCUCGAUUUCGUACAGUCUAUACAAUAUUUCUCUUCGCAAGUCACGAGGAUUCAAUACACGAAGUUGCUUCACCCCGGAUACAAUAAAGGAAGAGCUUGAAGAUCCGGAUUCAGGCUAUCGGUGAGGGACUACUUACCUAGUAAUGCUGUUCGCGCGACGACCCGACCGGAGCCGGGAAAGCUGAUCAGUCAACUAAAGCGAAACCCCAUCGCUAUAAGUAUUACAAAUUGAUUUGUGGUAAUCGAAAAGUCUACUUGAUCCCCAAAUUCCAUUAGAUAUAUCACUGUUAGACCGGCUCUACCGCGCAAUC